UUCCUACUCAAAACGAUGGAAAGAAUCAUUGAUCAGCACAUUAGAGCGAAAUACCUGGUGGAGAGACCACUAAGCGUAAACCAACAUGCUUACCAAAAGGGAAAAUCUACGGAGACUGCCCUACUCGACCUGGUUGACAAGGUGCAAAAAACCCUAGAGGAAAAGCAAACCGCUCUAUGUGCGUUCCUUGAUGUUGAAGGUGCUUUCGACAACACGCCCACAGAGACCAUACUCAAUGGUAUGACAUCAAAGGGAGUAGACGAAAUCACCACCAGAUGGGUACAUAGCAUGCUCUCGAACAGAGUAGCCACUUUGACCAUGAAUAAUAUAGAGCAUGCAUUUUAUACCACUAGAGGGUGCCCACAAGGAGGCGUUCUAUCCCCACUAUUAUGGACCCUAGCAGUGGACCAACUUCUGGCAAUCAUGUCAGGCCAAGACUUUGACACACAAGGAUAUGCCGACGACCUUGUAGUUAUCGUCAAAGGCCCUUGCCUCAGCACCAUAUCCAACCUAAUGCAAGGAGCUCUAAACACAAUAUUCAAAUGGUGUAGAGAAAAUGACUUGUCCAUUAAUCCGAGCAAGACUGUAAUAGUACCAUUCACAAGGAAACGGAAGCUCGAUAAACUAAUAAAACCAAGACUUAAUGGACAAAUAAUACCGUUCUCGGAAGAGGUCAAGUAUCUAGGGGUCACUUUUGACCAAAAGUUAACUUGGAACCCUCACCUGAGAAACACUAUGCAAAAAGCGAAAAUGGCCAUGUGGUCAUGCUGUCGAAUGGCAGGAGCAAGAUGGGGCUUAAGACCCAAAAUUGCUAUGUGGUUAUACACAGGGUAGUGAGGCCAAUUGUCACCUACGCCUCCGCAGUCUGGUGUAACAAAACCAACCAAAAGACAGCAAUAGACACUCUAAACAGCCUACAACGCACGGCUUGUUUAACAGCAACAGGCGCCUUCUCCUCGACACCGGGAGCGGCCCUAGAUGCACUGCUAGACAUCAUACCACUCCACCUGCAGGUGCAAAAGGAGGCCAAGCAGUGCGUCUACAGAAUAUGCACGCUAAACAGGCCAAAAUGGCGCUCUCAGGCAUUAGCCAAUCUAAAGGCCUGGGUCUUUGCAAAUAGAACCCUUAGCAUGCCCACUGAUGACACGCACACCGAAUGUCAUCUCACCAAACUGUACACAGUAGAAAUACCUCCUAGAGACAAAUGGAUCAACAACCAAAUGUACGUCGAAGAGGGAAGCCACGUUUGGUAUACAGAUGGUUCCAAAAAAGGCAAUGAUGUAGGAUGUGGGAUCUAUGGUGAGAGACCUAAGCUCAGAGCUAGCGUCAGCAUGGGCACACAGGCCUCAAUCUUCCAGGCAGAAGUCUUCGCCAUCAACAAAUGUGCGGAGAUUAACCUGGAUAGAAACCUAAGACACCAGCAUAUCUACAUCAACUCAGACAGCCAGGCUGCUCUGCUGGCACUAGAAUCCCUUGAGUCAAACUCAAAACUAGUCCAGAACUGUAAAACAAACCUAAAUGCACUGGCUAACUCCAACAAGGUCACACUUAGAUGGGUACCAGGGCACUCCGACAUUAACGGAAACGAAGAAGCGGACGAACUUGCUAGAAAGGGCGCAGACACACCCCUGGUCGGCCCAGAACCGUUCUGUGGAAUCACAAAACGGGAUGCAUAUUCUCUGCUCAGCAAGUUAGAAAAAACGAGAGCAACCGAGUGGUGGAAGUUCGUUAAAGGACAAGAACACUCGAAAGCUCUAAUCAAAGGGUUCAACAGCAGAACUGCUAAAGAGCUUUUAGGACUCAAAAGGCACAAAACCUGCGCGGUGACCAGAAUACUGACUGGACACUGUAAGUUGAAUAAACAUAUGUUUCAAAUUGGGAAGAAACAAGAUGCGACAUGCAGGUUCUGUCAGGAGUCAGAGGAGACUGCAAUGCACAUUCUCUGCUCUUGUGGACCACUAAUGUCAAAAAGAAGUACCUACCUAGGGCGACACGUAGUGCAACCGUAUGAGGUACAGAACAUUACGGCCCAAAGAAUCUAGAACUUUCUGGAUGCAACGGGCAUUAGUAAUGAAC